AUGGACGAGACAUUUUUCGAUCUAAUGGAGUUUUUAAAGAAACCUUCAGUAACUGAAACAUUCGUCGACAUUUUGCUAUGUGCAGUACCGAUAUGGCUAGCCGUUAUGAUAGGGCUCGUGAUUGGUUGGUCUUGGCGGCCUAGGUGGACCGGCUUGGUCUUUCUUGGCUUCAGGAGCAAGUUUAGGUUCCUCUGGACCGCGCCUCCUGGAUUCGGAGCUCGGCGUCUUUGGCUCGCUUUUACAGCUCUAUCUGCUUUCUCUGUUUGCCGCACCAUUUGGUCCAAUUUCAAGGGUAAAGAUGGAAAAUCAGUACCCGCCGCUGCGACUUCAUCUUCGGGAGCCUCGCCGAGGAAUUCGGGGGAGAGACGUGGCGGUUCUGUUAGCUCUGCUGGUGAGCCAGAGGACAGGGAGGACAUUGUCACCGAGAAUGACUUAGAACACCUAUUGCAUCUUCUGGAGGGGAAGGAUGGACAGACGGAAUGGCAGUGUCUGAUGGAAAGAUCAAACUCAAACAUGAGAUACCAAGCUUGGCGCCAUGAGCCUCAGGAAGGUCCCACUGUUUACCGAAGUAGAACUGUCUUUGAGGAUGCAACUCCAGAGUUGGUUAGAGACUUCUUCUGGGAUGAUGAGUUUCGACCUAAAUGGGAUCCGAUGCUUGCUUACUUCAAAAUACUUGAAGAAUGUCCUCAUACUGGAAGAAUGAUUGUGCACUGGAUAAAAAAGUUCCCAUUUUUCUGUAGUGAUCGAGAAUAUAUCAUUGGUCGAAGAAUAUGGGAUGCUGGGAAGACAUAUUAUUGUGUGACCAAGGGGGUGCCUUAUCCAGGCCUGCACAAGCGUGACAAGCCAAGGCGUGUUGACCUUUAUUUCUCUAGUUGGGUGGUUAGGGCUGUGGAAUCUCGUAAAGGAGAUGGACAGAUGUCUGCAUGUGAGGUUACCCUUUUACAUUAUGAGGACAUGGGGAUCCCCAAAGACGUGGCAAAGUUGGGGGUUCGUCAUGGGAUGUGGGGAGCUGUCAAGAAGCUCCAUUCUGGCAUGAGAGCAUACCAGAAUGCGAGGAAAACAGAGGCUUCGCUAUCCAGAAGUGCGCUUAUGGCUAGAAUUACCACAAAAAUUUCUUUUGAUGAAGGCAUGGAUGCUUCAGAACCAGUUAUCGUUGAAGAGGAUAAUAGUCAAGCUGUAGAUAUCCAAAGACACAAUGAUAACGGCAUCGAUUGGAAAUGGAUAGCUAUAGGCGGAACAGUAGCACUGGUUUACGGUCUUCACUCUGGUGCAAUUGGGAAGGCCUUGUUACUUGGAGCAGUGCAAAGAAUUGCACGGAGGUGA